GCUAUUAUAAGCAGCAGGUUGCAGUGGACAGCAGCGGGACAGACAGACAGAGGGACAGAGCUGUGUGAAUGGACGAGGGACAUAGAGGGAGAAGUUACCUCACUAAAUCCGGAAAAAACAAAAGCCAGUCCUGCUGAAGGAUUAGCUCCCUGUCCGUGCUGUAAGUGAACCAAGAAUAACACAGAUUACAGGACAUGGCCCUACCCUCUGUGACGGUGUUGCCCCUGCUGAUUGUCGUGGCGGCGGGGGUGUACUACAUCUACAAUGAGGUCAUGCAGUUCAUGUCCAAAUCCUUAGUGCGAAACAAGUGGUGUGAUUACUGAUGCUGUGUCCGGGGUGGGAACUGAGUGUGCCCAAACUCUUCCAUAAGGGCGGUGCCAGACUGAUCCUGUGUGGGACUAGCUGGGAUAAGCUGGAGUCUCUGUAUGACUAUCUGACUAAUGACACUGACCCCCAGCGAGACGUUUGCCCCAAAGCUGGUGAUCGUGGACUUCAGUGAUAUGGACAGCAUGGAGGACGUGGUGUCGGAGGUGGUGGAGUGUUAUGGCUGUGUGGACGUGUUGAUCUGUAACAGCAGCAUGAAGCUGAAGGCCCCGGUGCAAAGUGUCUCCCUAGAAGUGGACAGAAAUAUUAUGGACAUUAACUACUUCGGCCCCAGCACUCUGGCCAAAGGUGUUCUUCCAACAAUGAUCUCAAGAAGAUCGGGGCACAUUGUGCUGGUCAACAGCAUCCAGGGAAGACUGGCUGUCCCAUUCAGAAGUUCAUAUGCGGCAUCUAAGCAUGCGGCGCAGGCCUUCUUCGACUGCCUGCGGGCUGAAGUGGAGGAGUACGGGAUAGUCGUCAGCACCAUCAGUCAUACCUUUAUCAACGCCACCGAGGCGCCACCGCCACCGCCUGAGGAGGAGCCUGCCCCUAAACCAAAUGCCCUGGCUGCAUUUAUCGCCAGCCAGUUGACCCAUGGCGUGCGCCCGUCAGUCCUGGCCAAUGAGAUUAUGCAAACGGUGAACAGGAAGAGGAAGGAGGUCGUGCUGGCCCACCCCAUCCCCAGGGUGGCACUGUACCUUCGCUCCCUCUUCCCCUACUUCCUCUUUGCUGUGCUGGCUGCUGGAGUGAAGGACUCGGCCCUGGCUGAGCAGAUGCAGUAGGAGGGAAUCUGAAAUGGAAUCAUAAAGAGAUGUGAAACAAAGCAAGGAUUGUUUGGUAGAUAAAUGGUAGAUAGUAUGUGCUUGGCACAAGGCUGGAUCACCAACUGGGCGAAGCGGGCAACUGCCCCAGAGGCCCAGUCCCAGGGCCCCAGUCCCCUGCCCUUCAGGUUUAUCAUAUGGCAAUUAGCUUGUGCUAAUAUAAUUUAGUUACAAUCCUUCAGAUUUUCAUGAAAUCAAACCUUGUUUUUUGCACUAUUUGUGGUCUGACACAUUUACAUUGUGUAAUGACCUCUCGAUAUAGUUUUUAUUGUUAAUGGUGGAGUCUGCCAUUGCGAAACAAUGCAUGCGUGCAUGUGAUCCAGCACUACUGCUUGUACUUGUAUCUCUUUUAUCUGAUAUAAAUUUUAACUAUUAGCUUCUCCGACCACUGUAUCAGAUCAAAGAGCAGAUCAAAUAAAUGUAACGAAUACUCA